AUGCUCAGGAAAGACAAGUUUCAUUACAUGGCCGUAGCGGAUAAUAGACAACGGUUCAUGCCUGAUCCAGACGACCGGUUACCGGAAAGAGGCCAAGCACUGGCAUACCCCGAGGCAGUCCUUCUUGUCAAUCCAAUAGAGCCAGAAUUCAAAGGAGAGGUGGAUGACAAGUACCAGUACUCCAGUGAGAACAAAGAUAACCGGGUUCACGGGUGGAUAUGCUUUGACCCGCCCUUGGGGUUCUGGCAAAUCACACCUAGCAAUGAAUUCCGAACUGGAGGACCCAUCAAACAGGACCUAACCUCCCAUGUGAACCCAACCACCCUUGCUAUAUUUGUCACUUCUCAUUACGCGGGCAUGGAUCUUGUAGUAAAAUUUGAAACCGGGGAGAUAUGGAAGAAAGUUUUGGGCCCGGUCUUUAGCUAUCUCAAUUCCGUACCAGAUGAAGCCGAUGCCCUAUCGCUAUGGGAUGAUGCCAAAGAACAGAUGAACAAAGAAGUCCAAUCCUGGCCAUACAGCUUCCCAGCAUCAGAAGAAUUCCCAAGGUCUGAUCAGAGAGGCACAGUUUGGGGCAGAUUGCUUGUACAAGACAGGUGUAUUAGUGAGGAACAGAUACCAGCGAAAGGUGCAUAUGUGGGGUUGGCGCCUCCCGGGGAUCUUGGAUCAUGGCAAAGAGAAUGCAAGGGCUACCAAUUUUGGACCACGGCAGAUGAAGGUGGCCAUUUUGUCAUUAAGAAUAUACGAGCUGGAAACUAUAAUCUUUAUGCAUUUGUGCCGGGAUUUAUCGGGGACUAUCGAUAUACUACUGCAAUUAAUAUAACCUCAGGUUGUCAUACUAAGGUGGGAGAUCUUGUAUAUGAGCCUCCAAGAGAUGGUCCAACACUUUGGGAAAUUGGCAUUCCCGACCGUUCUGCGGCAGAAUUUUAUGUUCCUGAUCUUAAUCCGAAUUAUAUCAACAAGCUCUAUANCCCGGAUCCUAAUCCGAAUUAUAUCAACAAGCUCUAUGUGAACCAUCCUGAUAGGUUUAGACAGUAUGGAUUGUGGGAAAGAUAUGCAGAUUUAUAUCCUGAUGAAGAUUUGGUUUACGAAGUUGGCAGAAGUGACUAUAAAAAUGAUUGGUUUUUUGCUCAGGUUACCAGGAAAGCUGGUAAUAACACAUAUAAAAGUACUACCUGGCAAAUCAAGUUCAAAGUUGAAAACGUAAAACAUACUAAAAUCUAUAAAUUGCGGUUAGCGCUUGCGUCUGCACAUCGUUCUGAAUUACAGGUUCGGAUUAAUGAUCGAGAAGCGGACCCUCCUCUAUUUUCAAGUGGAGUAAUUGGAUGGGAUAACGCAAUUGCAAGGCAUGGGAUUCAUGGGCUUUACUGGCUGUUCAAUGUGGACAUAACUGGUUCUCAACUUGUGGGAGGCGAUAUUAAUACCAUAUUCUUGACACAAGCAAAGAGCACUAGCCCUUUCCAAGGGAUUAUGGUCUGGGAUCUUAACUGGAGCGAGGCAGGAAGUCCAGGAACAAGAGGAGCUUUUGAUACGAUUGAAGGAACAAUUUUCAAGGUUAUAGUGGAAAACGAUGAACAGGUAGAGCUCUCAUUUGCAAGAACAUGGGAUCCCCAUUCCUCACCUACCAGCAAGCACUCUCCCUUAAAUAUAGACAAAAGGUUCAUAAUGCUUCGCGGUUGCUCGGGGUUUUACUCGUAUGCCAUAUACGAACAUGUAGAGGACAUGCCUGCUUUCAACCUCAACGAAACCAGGAUAGCUUUCAUGCUCAGCAUGGACAAGUUUCAUUACAUGGCCAUAGCUGACGAUAAGAGAAGAAGCAUGCCCCUCCUAGAAGAUCGAUCACCCUCAAGAAGCCAACAACUGGCCUACCCGGAAGCAGUCCUACUUGUGGAUCCUGUGGAGCCAGAAUUUAAAGGAGAAGUGGAUGACAAGUAUCAGUAUUCGUGUGAGAACAAAGAUAACCAGGUCCACGGGUUUAUAUGCUUUGACCCACCCGCAGGGUUCUGGCAAAUCACACCCAGCAAUGAGUUCAGGACUGCUGGCCCUCUCAAGCAAGACCUAACCUCCCAUGUGAACCCAACAACUCUAGCUAUGUUUGUAAGCGCUCAUUAUGGGGGAGAGGAUGUGGUGAUCAAAUUUGGAUCAGGCGAGCCAUGGAAGAAAGUUUUUGGCCCAGUUUUUAUCUAUCUUAAUUCUGUCUCGGAUCAAAAUGACGCACUUUCACUUUGGGACAACGCCAAAGAACAGAUGAGGAAAGAAGUUCAAAGUUGGCCAUACAGUUUUCCAGCUUCAGAAGAUUUUCCACAUGCUGAUCAAAGGGGUACCAUUAGAGGUAGAUUAUCAGUCCUCGACAGGUAUAUCGGCAAGGAAGCUAUACGUGCAAAUGGCGCUUACGUGGGGUUGGCUCUACCUGGGGUUGUUGGAUCAUUUCAAAAAGAAUGCAAGGGCUAUCAAUUCUGGACCAGAGCAGACGACCAAGGCCAAUUCUCCAUUAGCAAGAUUCGUGCUGGCGAUUACAAUCUUUAUGCAUGGGUCCCUGGUUUUAUUGGAGAUUAUCGAUACGAUGAUGCUAUUACCAUCACUACAGGUUGUAGUAUUGAUAUGGGUGAUCUUGUAUAUGAGCCUCCAAGAAAUGGUCCCACAUUGUGGGAAAUCGGCGUUCCAGAUCGUUCUGCUGCAGAAUUCUAUGUUCCUGACCCUAAUCCAAUGUAUAUCAAUAGACUUUAUAUAAAUCGUCCGGCGGACAGGUUUAGACAGUAUGGAUUGUGGGAAAGAUACGCAGAACUAUAUCCUAAUGAAGACUUGGUCUAUACAGUUGGAGAGAGUGACUAUUGUAAAGAUUGGUUCUUUGCUCAGGUUACCAGGAAAACAGGUGACAAUGCAUAUAAGGCAACUACAUGGCGAAUCAAGUUCAAACUUGACAAUAUUGAUCAAGCUGCUGGAACCUACACACUGCACUUAGCACUCGCAUCUGCCAAUUCCUCCGAAUUGCAGGUUCGGAUCAAUGAUCCGGAGGCAAACUCUCCUCACUUUUCAAGUGGAUUAAUUGGGAGUGACAAUGCAAUUGCAUGGCAUGGCAUUCACGGGUUGUAUUGGUUAUUCAGUGUGGACAUACAGAGCGCUCAACUCAUGCAAGAAGAUAACACGAUAUAUCUCACCCAAGCAAGGCACACCACCCCUUUCCAGGGAGUCAUGUAUGACUAUAUCCGUUUGGAAGGUCCUCCAUCUAGUAGUUCUUGAAUAAGCUUUUUACUAUAAUUCCAUGGAAACAUGUUCUGAUGAUCUUUUCAACAUGUUUA